AUGAACUUGUUGUGCAAAGAUUCUUCAAAAAAAGCAUCAGAAAACCUGAAAUGUUUCAACUAUUUUUCAUAUGCUUAUUUGACAUUCUACUUGAUAUUAGCAAUAUCCUCAUUUGUGAUUAUGGCAUACGACUCAAAAUUAUCAAAUGAGAAUACGCAAGAUGCUUGGCCAUUUGAAACAAACAUGGGAAUUUUUCAAGAUGUUAUUAUCCUUCAAACAGUUACAGCAAUUUGUGUAACAGAAAUAUUCGGAUUAUGCUUUCAAUGUUGCUACUUCAAUAUUUGCAUGAAUAUUCGUAUGCUUUACGACAAAGUUUUGAAUGAGUAUCAGAAUCUUAUUUUUUAUCAUGUCAUAAGUUACAAGAAAGAGUUGAAAGAUAUUUUCACAUCUCUUCAAAGAAUCAAAUUAAUUAUCAAUGAGAUCAAUGAAUGUUUUAAAAUGGUGAUCUUCAUUAGCUUUUCCGUCGAUGUUUUAACUCUUGGUGUUUUUUUAUCUAUGAUUGAGGAUAUUCAUAGCAUUGUUACUUAUUUUGUGUACACUCCCUUCGUUCUUUAUGAUGUUUGGGUUUAUUGUUAUGGAUCAAGUUUGAUGGUGGAAAAGAUAGAAGAGAUUUCAUCGAUGAUUUAUGACAAAACCUGGUGGUUUAUGUUAAAAAGUGAGAAGAAAAUGUUUCGGACUUUAUUGCAGUACACUCAACGUCCAUUGAAAAUCAAAGUUUUCAUCUGGGAUAUCGACAGAGAACUUUUGAUUUUGUUCAUUCGCUUUUCUUAUUCUGUUUUCAAUUUUGUUGUCAUGCUGAAGGGAAAGAAGGAAAAAAUCUAA